CUGUCAUUCCACCUCCACGACCACGACAUCGUUAGGCAAGUAUAGAAAUUCACUGUCACAAAUAUCCUAUAUUAAAUUCAUUGUUGGAAACCCAUAUUUAAACAGGGUAUACUCAGAAAAUAUUUUGGAACAAUCCAAACAACAGACUAAACCGAAACAUCAAGCACUAUGGCUGCUAAGACCCACCUGUACAAAGUAGAGAUGACCUGUGAAGGAUGCUCCGGAGCCGUGGAAAGAGUUCUAAACAAAUUGAAAGGCAAAGGAGUAGAAGACAUAAACAUAGAUUUGAAAGGCCAACAAGUAUCCGUAACAGCUACAAUGGAUUCUGAAGAAUUGCUGACGAUCAUCAAAAAGACUGGCAAAACCACUACUUACAUCGGAGAGAAAAGUUAGAAAGGACGUCUUACUGGAGGCUUUGCAUGAAUGGCUUAGAGUUGUGAUUCCACCUUUACAUAAUACGAGAGCUUUAUAAUUUUCAUAGUUAGAAUUUAUACAUUUACUGAUAAGUGUAGAUUAGUUUGGUAAGUAAUUUUAAUAGAUUUUUUACAGAAUUUUACUGUG